AUGGCAUCUCAGCCCAUCAAUGAUCGUUUUUUGGUGCGAUGGGCCGUGAUUAUCCUAUAUUGGUUCCUCUCUUUCAGCUGCUUUCGGCAGCUCCUCCCGCGGGCUGGUCCCGUCAGAUUCCUGUCCCGGAGGCUCUGCAUCAAAUCCGGGCCCUUCACCUCACUGGCUGAGGCGUCUGCGAUGCGCUUUGUCGCCGAGCAUACCGCUAUCCCGGUUCCCAAGGUGUAUAGCGCGUUUGAGCACAAGGGAAGGGUCUUCAUUGUCAUGGAGCGCAUUGACGGUGUCGACCUUGCCUAUGGCUGGUACCAGCGCACGCCCGAGUCGCGAAGCCGCAUCCUCAAGAGUCUUCGAGGCAUGAUCCAGCAGUUGCGCCAGAUACCGGCUCCGGCGGGGUGCGGCGUGUCAAAUGUGGACGGGGGGCCCAUAUACGAUGGCAGGUUACCUGGGAACGGCUUCUGGGGCCCGUUUCGGACCAUUCACAACUUUCAUCGCGAGCUUCGCGGCGGCGUAGACGAGCCAGCGUUUGCGGGGACCGCGAUACCAGAACUCGAGCCCCUCAUUGCCUUUCAAACCCAGCCAUGGCCGUACCCUGUCUUUACGCACGGCGACCUCAGCUCCUUUAACGUUUUGGCCCGCGGUGAUGAGGUGGUUGGCAUCAUCGACUGGGAAACGGCGGCGUGGAUGCCACCGUAUUGGGAGUACACGUCGGCCUGGAAUGUGAACCCCCAGAACCAGUUCUGGCGGCAAGAGGUAGACCACUUCUUGGAGCCGCUCCCGAAAGCACUGGAAAUGGAAGAAAUCCGACGAAAAUACCACGGUGACUAUUAA